GUCAUUUUUAUUGAGUAUUUUUUUUUUAAUGUUCCACACCCAUUAAAAUAGUUGACGCGACUCGGGCCGAGGGCUACGGAUGAAGGAUUUGACGUAGUGUUGACGCUGGGCCCUUGGCUGAGACCUAGUUCACUGCGGAGUAUGGUGAUAACGAUGCGCACGAAACGAUUUUCUAUAGAGCCGGUUGGAGAAAUAGCGGCACUGGAGGAGCUACCUGAAGGAGGGUUUAAUAUCGCGGUUUUCUAGCAAUAUAGUAGUAGACAGACACACAUACCAAUACAGUACCUAGGUAGCAGCUGCUACGAGAUCAAUGCCCAACCGAAAUUAGGGAACUAUUCAUCCUCCACUUGACAACUUUUCACUUCACUACCAUUAUGUCGCAACUGAAUGACUUUAUUGUCCAAAUACACGACAAGCCUGGCGUGCUAGCAACCCGCACUGAAAAUGUACAAGCACAUUUGGCAAGAAUGAAGGGUCUAGUCGAGGCGGGCACUAUUGUCAUGUCUGGCCCAACCUUGACCACACACCCUAAGCCUCCUGAUAAGGGUCUCGAUAUCAAUGGCAGUGUAUGGCUCGUGCGAGCGAACUUAGAAGAUGAAGUCCGUUCUUUGGUUGAUGAUGACGUCUAUGCCAAACUUGGCGUAUGGGAUCUCGAUAAUGUCGUCAUAACUCCAUUCAAAUGUGCCGUCCGCAAGCCCCUUUGAGAUAUCUGGAAUUGUUCUAAAGCAAUUUGGUCGAAAAUAUACUUUUUGUAUUUCCAAGGUUCUUGCUUGUAUAGGAGAGUGGUGGGAAGAGGGAGGUUGAAUACGGUUUAUUUUCGACAAGCAGCAACGUUCUGGCUUGGGAUUCAUGUAUUAAUUACCUGGGUAAAUUGAAACAUAUUAUCAGGGAACGAAAGAUAAGCCACGUAAUUCCAUUGAGAUGUAUGUGUACUGUUCCUUAUAUCUCCCGUUAACGCUAGGU